GUCCUCCAUCAAUAAUCAUAAAAAUAAGGAAGCAGAAAGGCUGAAAAACAUGGUCAUGGAUCAAAACAAAAUAUGGGUUGUCAUCGCGGCAUUGUUAUUGGCGAUCUUCGCUGCGGAAUUAUCAUCCGCAGAGAAAUUCCCAAUCAUCGAUUUCGUCAACAAAUGUGACCAAAAUGUGAGUUUUAUAUGUAGGGCAGUUGAACGGACUAUCCUAAAGCCAGGCCAGAAAGUUUCACUCGAAGCCAGUUUCAAAAACUACCCCAAUGCCUAUGAUUGCGAGGGUGAUGACAGUUCUGUAAACUUUCUUGAUUUCAGUGCAUAUAAUGUUACAAGAGACAAAGAACAUCAACACAUCCAUUGGAAGUUUAACAGCGUUGGAGCUUAUCUUAGUUACGAUAAUAUUCACUGGACUUUGGGAAGGGAGUGGGAAUCUGAUUAAUUAUGUGUGGUCUAUCAUCACUUUUUAAUUUCUUACGUUAUAGAUUAUUGUCUGUCGAUGUAAUCCUAUUUCCAUAUAUAGACUUUAAUUAAUAAUGAUCGCUUCAAUUCCUUAGACGAGAACAA